AUGGCAGCCGCUGCUUUGGAUCAGCUUAAAUCUAUCUUUCCCGAUGAUACUCCCGAUAAAGUGGUGAUCAACGAAUCUGGUGACAGGUACCAAGCUGCUGUGACCUAUCCCUGGUCACAGACCUGCUGGACUCCUGCGGCAGCAUAUGUCUACUUGUGUACUGUUGAGGAAUUGACGAAGGCCCUGGCUAUUGUACAAGAGACUGGUACCAAGUUUGCUGUCCGCACAACCGGUCAUAACCCGAAUGUGGGAUUCAGCAGUGCCGGUGAAGCAGGUGUGGUGUUGGAUAUUAGGGAGCUUAGGUCAAAAGAACUACUGUCUGAUCAAGAAGGUAUUGCACGCUUUGGGUCGGGAAAUACCUGGGGUGAGGUGUAUGCUUGGCUGGAGGAGCGAGGGUUGUCUGCCAUUGGGGGGAGGGAUUCCCAGGUAGGACUGGGAGGGUUUCUGUUAGGAGGAGGUUUGGGGGCUUUGCCUAAUCUUUAUGGACUCGGCGCUGAUGGAGUGAAGAACUUUGAGAUCUUACUCGCGGAUGGAAAACUCAUCAAUGCUAAUAGUAAUGAGAACUCCGAUCUCUUCCGCGCCCUCAAGGGCGGUGGCUCUAACUUUGGCAUUGUGACACGGUUUGAUCUUGAAACCCACCCUUUGAUCAAUGUCCAAUAUACCAUCAAUCUCUACAACCCCGAGGAUCAUGCGGCAGUUAACCAGGCUACUUUCGAAGUUCAACAAAUUAUGGAGAAAGAUCCCAAGAUAGGGCUGUUUACCAAUUUCAACAACGGCUUUGUUGCAGUAGGCCUACUCUAUGGAGACCAUCCAGCUGAGUCUGAGGCCCGGGAAACUUUCAGGCCGUUCCAUGACCUCAAAAGCUUGGUGACAACAGUCCUACCCUCGACAAAUGGUACCCUUUUAUCUCUAGCUCAAGCUAUGGGUCAUGCCCAGACACCUCUCAAACGAUCUAUUUGUACAGUUACCACCCGGAACUCACCCGAGCUAUACGAAGAAGUGUAUAAAACCUGGGUUGAGGUCCGUAAGACCCUUCCAGCUGAUACCGUCCUACAUUAUACCAUUCAGCCAGUCGGUACAGCUGCUGUUCAAGCUGGUAAAGACCGUGGUGAGAAUAUCAUGGGCCACGAGAGUGUUCCACAAUGCUGGUGGGUUUUCACCUGCGAAUGGCCCAAAGAUGGCGAUGAUGUUGCUGCACAAAGUGCUGUUAAUACCAUGUCAGAAAAAGUGCAGAACCUGGCUAAGGCGAGAGGACUUCUGCUGGAUUUCAAGUGUAUGAGCUUUGCUACCGCUUCCCAGAAGGUUCUGGGCAGCUACAGGGCCGAGAAUGUUAAGCGGAUGCAGGAGGUGGCGGCCAAGUAUGACCCGGAGGGCGUUUUUCAGAAGCUGCAGAAUGGUGGCUUUCUUCUACGGGACAAUGUCUAG